AGCAGCAGCAGCAGCAGCCGCCCGCCCCGCGCAGCCCAUGUGCUCGGCGCGGCUGUCGGCUGCUGCCGCCGCCGCCUCCCGCGCGCCCUGAGCCUCGCCGGCGAGCGGCGGCCAAGAUGUCGAGCGCGGCGCCGCACGACCCCUUCUAUUCUUCGCCCUUCGGCCCCUUCUACCGGAGGCACACGCCGUACAUGGUGCAGCCCGAGUACCGGAUCUACGAGAUGAACAAGAGGCUGCAGACUCGCACCGAGGACAGUGACAACCUCUGGUGGGAUGCCUUUGCAACGGAGUUUUUUGAAGAUGAUGCAACCUUAACUCUUUCAUUUUGUUUGGAAGAUGGACCAAAGCGAUACACCAUUGGAAGGACCCUCAUCCCUCGUUAUUUUAGCACUGUCUUUGAAGGAGGUGUGACAGACCUGUAUUACAUCCUAAAGCACUCAAAAGAAUCAUACCACAACUCCUCCAUCACAGUGGACUGUGAUCAAUGCACCAUGGUCACUCAACAUGGAAAACCAAUGUUUACAAAGGUGUGCACAGAAGGACGUCUUAUCUUGGAAUUUACAUUUGAUGACCUUAUGAGAAUAAAAACCUGGCACUUUACAAUUAGACAAUACAGAGAGUUAGUCCCUCGCAGUAUUUUAGCCAUGCAUGCACAAGACCCUCAGGUGCUGGAACAGCUGUCCAAAAACAUCACCCGCAUGGGUCUCACUAACUUCACCCUCAACUACCUCAGGUUGUGUGUAAUAUUGGAGCCAAUGCAAGAAUUGAUGUCAAGGCAUAAAACCUAUAAUUUAAGUCCUCGAGAUUGCCUGAAAACAUGCUUGUUUCAGAAAUGGCAGAGGAUGGUGGCACCUCCAGCAGAGCCUACAAGGCAGCCAGCAACCAAACGGAGGAAAAGGAAAAACUCCACCAGCAGCACGUCCAACAGCAGCGCCGGGAACAAUGCCAACAGCACCAACAGCAAGAAAAAGGCGGCGGCGGCAGCUGCAAACCUGAGUCUUUCAAGUCAGGUACCUGAUGUGAUGGUAGUCGGGGAGCCAACGCUAAUGGGGGGAGAAUUUGGCGACGAAGACGAGCGACUCAUCACAAGGCUAGAGAACACGCAGUAUGAUGCAGCAAAUGGCAUGGACGAUGACGAAGAUUUCAACAAUUCACCUGCGUUGGGGAACAACAGUCCGUGGAGCAGUAAACCUCCUGCAAACCAAGAAACCAAGCCUGAGAACCCAACACCUCAGGCUUCCCAAUAAGUUUCCUGAAGCAAGUCACCAUUACUAUAUCGCAGCAUCCUUUAUGACGACAAUAACUCCCAGUUUUCAACAGAUAUAGAACCUAUUUCUAAAUGUGUACAGCUCUCUCUCUUUUUUUAAGUUAGGAAAAUAAUUUAUAAGCUUCCAGAUAGGUACCUUGGAAGCUCUUGCACAUGACAUGAUACUGACACUGACCUCAGUGAAAAGAACCGAAUAUGUAAGUAGCACAUCAUGAACAUUGAUUAAGACUCACAUUUCAGUGGAAGAUUCUUCCCUUCUAUGACCCCCCCCCCACUUUAUUCUUUAAAGGCCAUAUCUAACAGAAGACCAUUAGUGAUCAGGAUCUAUUGGCCGUUUUAAAAACAUGGUGAACAAAAGACAUCCUCUUUUCCAACUUGCUCCUGAGGAGGGGUGUGUGUGUGUGUGUGUACCUUGGAUCUCAAACGCCUUGGCUCUCAAUCAAAUCGGCUCCCGAACAAUCGAAACCCGGAAGUGAGUGUUCCGGUUUUCAAACGAUUUUUGGAAGCCAAACGUCCGACGCUUCUGCAGCCAAUCAGAAACUGCACCUUGAGUCGAAUGUACCUCCCGGAAUGCAUUCUGUUUGAGAACCAAGAUAGGACUUGUGUGUCACACACAAGAUAGGACACACACACACACACAGUUUCCUUCCCAGGUUAGCCAUUUUAAAGGGAGGAAACAAGAUAGGAUGGAAUUUCGUUAAGAAGAAAAGCUGUGCCCUAAUAGGUUUCGUGUUUAAGACCAUGAGAACAGUGUCCAUGAGACCAUGUCCGUGAGAACAGUGAUUCUGCCUCUUAAAAAUACGUCCCAUAAAAUGUACAAAUAUGAGCUUCCUGGAGUAUCAGUGUUACAAAUCCAAUCGCCCCCACAUUGCUUGUUACAAAGUAAAAUUCGUGAAAUUAAAAAUGAUAAGGCCAGCAAUGUUGACUGAUCAGAAGGAAAUUGAAAUCUGAUCCAGACUUGGUUCUGAUCCAAAGAAAAUUGAAAUCCCACAGAGGAGCUGUUCGGCAAACAGCUUCCUUUAGACAAAGAUAACGGGUGAGAUUUCAGAUUUCUGUCGUGGGCUACGUGCAUGAAAAUCUGGCUGCUAGAUGGUAAAGAGGAGGCAGCUAAGGAUAUAAUGGAGUAUUGCUCUUACCCAGAUUGGGGCCUGUGCUACUUUAGUGGUCCCUGGAGAAUUAACUUCUUAAUCGUUUCCUGGCACAAAUUGAGGCUCUCUCUGCCCUUGUUUCUUCCCCUCGUUUGUGCUGCCCUCCAUUUUUUAUUCUAGCAAUUUUAAAAGCCCACUGCUUUACAUUUGCAACUGAUAACAAAAGCACCAAGACAGCUAAAAAUGUAGUUUUGUUUCAUCAAAGACCGGGGUGGGGUGGGGGAAUUGUGUGGAGAAAGACACCCAUCCUAUAUGAGAGUUUAUGCUUUGUAAAAUUGCUGUGGAACUGAAUUUCGAAAGCCAUGUAAUCCAUUAAUUUUGUGAGCAGUUUAAACAAAGACUAUUUUUUGUGUUUUUAUUAUAUCUUAAGUUUAUUUUGUUGUUCUUUCAUGCGAUACUUCUUGUAUAAUACUUUUGUAAAGCCCUCCAAACUAAUUUUUGAUUCCAGUAUAUUUAUGUGAAACUUUAUAAAAUAAACUAAUUUUUUUUCAUUUACAUAUUAAUAUGUUCAAUUCAUCAUGUAAAAAAAAAAAAUACAGCGAGUCAGUGUGUUAUAUGAUACAACUGUAUUUUAUGUAUGCUUUGCCAAUAUGUGUGCCAAUAAACUGUGUUAACAGAA